GAAACACAAUCGACUAACCCAGCAGGAUCCAUGUUAUCUCAUGGGAACGAGCUAAAGUUGACGGGAUGGUGCAUACAAUUCAUUCAUAAUUAUAAAUUAAUUUAAUCAACAUGGCUGAUUUACCGACAGAGAUCCUGUCCUACCUCUUUGAAUUUCUGAACUUUGGAGACAGACAAGAAGCGGCUUUAGUAUGUAAACAGUGGUAUUAUGCAUCGCUACAUCCUGGUCUCCAUAAGAACAUUUCCGUGAGGCUUGAAACACCAUUGUGCACAGACAGACCGCUGAUAGAUUUACCGAGAAGGAAGACCCCUCAUCUAAUCCUCUCUCUGGUUGACUGUUCUGUUAACUCAAAAAAGGCUCUGAUAGAUAUAUGUGAAAGUUUUAGCGAAGGACUGCAGACUGUUUCAUUAAAAGGUUCUGGUGUAACUGAGAACAGUUUUCUGAGUAUGCUAACAUUUUGCAGUAAUAUAACAGAGCUCAAUUUAUCAGCUUGUAAUAACCUCUGCAUGUCUGGCAAAUUGUUUGAAACAAAAGAAGCCUUGAUGCUUGGAAACGAAUCACUCAGGAAUGUUCGCUACUUACAUUUAAACACAAAUCGUUAUUUGUCAGAUGCUUUGUUUGCUCGUAUAGUUUCUUGCAUUCCAAAGUUAAAAGGCCUUUCACUUGCAUCCUGCAAUAUCCUUUUUAAUUACGAAAGCAUAUCUACAAAUCUAUCUGUAACUGUACUCAGUUUUAGAAAUAUUCUAAACUAUUUAACGCUAAAUGCUAGUCGGAUAGUAAUGCUCGAUUUAAGUCACACAAAUAUAACAAACCCCGCACUUGGUUUACUAGCCUCGGUGUCCAACCUAAAACUACGUAAAUUUAUUUUACAGAACUGUAAGCAGGUUAGUGAUCCAGGCGUGACAGGGUUUGUUAAGAAGCAACCUGGCUUACACGAUCUUGAUCUCAGUGGCUGCCAUCUCAUUAGCAACCCUUGUGUUGUUGAUCUGUGCAGUUGCACAGUUGAACUGUGUAGUUUAAAAUUAAAUAAGUGUCGACUUAUAUCGGCCAGUGCUCUUCAGCAUUUGAAUAGCUUAAGUAAACUUGAACAUUUCGAGAUAUCGGAAUGUUAUCAAGGGGACCCAAAAUGGUUGAUCAAAGCUUUUGAUAUGGGUACCCUGGGUAGCUUAACGUCAAUUCACAUGACUUCAUGUACUGUAGUAACGGAUAAAUUUGUAUGUUGUCUUGCCGAAAACUACCCACAGCUCCAAGAAGUAGACUUUUCAUCCUGUCUUUAUUUGACUGAUAGAAGUCUCCACUCAAUAGUGAAACAUCUGCAUCAGCUAACAGUCCUUAAACUGGCAUGGUGCCAAGAAAUCACAGAUCUGGGAUUGCUUGGCAUUAGCGUACAGUCUUCCGAAAAUGAUGAAACCGAUUCUGAAUUAUAUGUGAGUGGGUUUACGCAAUCCCAUAGCAAUAUCGGUUUUUUCAAAGGACCAAGUUUUGAGUCGAGGACUAAGUACCUUACAUCGGAUGAGAUAUUUUCCAAAGCAGAUACAGUUGAUUUUAAUUUAAUGAGUCUGGAAAAGUUGCGUGUCUUAGAUUUGACCGCAUGUAAAUCUCUUACAGAUUUUAGCUUUGUUAGAUGUAUGAAAUUCAGAGAUCUUCAGUGGCUGAGUAUCAAAAUGUGCAUCUAUCUAACUGAUAAGGGACUUCAAGCACUUGCUGUAAAUAACCCCGGGUUACAGUAUUUAGACGUUAGCCAUUGCCAUCAAAUAACUGACACAGGCCUAGCGUUUGUGGCUAAGAAAUUGAGUCGGCUUACAUCACUACAUAUCGCAAACCUAGGUCUGAUAACCAAUUCUGCUUUAGGUUUGUUAUCAAUGCACAACUUAAGGCUGAAGCAUAUUGAUAUAUCUUUAUGCCGCCAAAUCACAAUGUCGGCCGUACAAAUGCUGCAAUCAAAGAUAGUUACGCUGCAGGUUGUAAAAAUGUAGCAAUAAAAAAACCUUGUGUUUUUAAUA